AUGAGGACUAGGGGAUUGAAAAUAGAAUUUACUGAUGAUGGAGUUAUCACUUAUCCGAAGUAUUCAGACUAUAGUGAGUAUGAAAAGGUUAAACUUCGGAAAGUGUACGGAUCCAAGAUACAGGAGGCUCUGUUAAAGUCGUUUUUAGAGCUCAAGCCUGAUUUGGACUCUAACGGGAGCAAAUAUAGCAGAUUAAACCCUGAUUUUAUCGCAAAAUUGACCCAUAUGGAUGACGAGAAAUCCAAGGCCUAUGUAAGGAAUAUAAGUGACAAAAUAUGCGAUUUGUGCUACGACGAGUACUCGGGAAAUAGUAGAACUCUUAAGAGGAAGAUAUUUGAAAUAUGCUCAAAUAUAAAGAGGGAAAGCAACUCGGAGUUACGGGAGAAGAUUUUACUCAAGAGGAUGUCGAUUUUGGAGCUGAUUAGGGCUGACACUCUCGAGCUCGCACCCGAGGACGUCAGAGAACAGAGGAAGAAGGAAAUAGAACACCACUAUAUUAGGAACGUUAUUCUGAAAGCCAACGUUGGCAACGACGACGAUGAGCAGCCCCCAAGGGCCGAGGAGGCCUCAACCAGGGUCAACUUGCCCACGGGCGAGGCCUCAAGGAACCAAAACACAAUCGAUAACUUAAGAAAGUUUUUCACAACCUCCGGAUCUGCCACUAGCUCCACCGCUACUAGCGCUACCACCGCUGUUACAAGUACGGCUGUCAUUGGAGGUACUGGCACUGUUCGCAGAAUUAAGAGGCUUAAGACCAAUCGCAACACUGACACUGACGAAGAUCCCACUGACAAAAGUGAUACUGAUGCCGAUAAAGCCAGUGUCGCUGAUAUGUUUGGCACCACCGAUAUUACUGUCACUGUUGGUGUUGCCAAUAUUACCAGUACUGCUCCUGAUAAUUCAAAUAGCAGUAGCAGUGGGCCCAGCACCAGCAGUAGCAGUGGGCCCAGCACCAGCAGUGGCAGUAAAACGAUUAUUGGUAGCAAUAUCAGGAAGACCAAGGUGCUUAACGACGGUGAAGACUUGGAAGAAAGUGAGCGCUCUGCCUCAGGCCUGCCCAUUCCUCCGUACUGCAAGCAUUACAAAUUUGAAGCAGUGAGCACCAGGAUCUUAAAACGAAUUCAAAGUCUACCGACCUACAUGGUUAAGCCUUUUAUGGACCCCUACAACGCGGGAACGAAGAGGCUGCAGAUGCUCCUGCAAAGGUCAUCCAUAUUACUUAGGAAUCUCUCAACAAACCAAUCAAUUUAA